AUGAUCCUUUCAUCUUCAUUCCUUCCACACUUCCUUAAUUAUUUCUUCCGAAUUUCCCUCCUUGCUUUUUUUCUCUUUUCUGUUCUUUUUUUUCCUUCCUUCCAUUUGUUUUCUCUUUCAUUUUCUCUCACCUUCUCUUACCUUCUUUCCCGCUCACCUAGAUGUAUUACCGUAAUUCCCUAUUAUUCCUUUCUUUCCUCUAUUCCGUUUUUAUUUCUUGCAUUUCUUUUUCUGUCCGGCUUUUCUUUUUUUAAAAUAUUUAUUGUUUCCUUCUCUCAUGCCUUUUUCACUUAUCGCUUCUCUCACUAUUUUCUAAUUCCUUUCCUUCAUUCUUUCCUUCCUUCACUACUUCCUUCACUACUCUUUGCAUCCUUCAUUUAUUCUUUCCUAUGGUUAUUCUUUCCUUUCUCGCUUUCCUUCUUUUUUCUUUCUCUCAUUCCCAUACCAAAACUUCAUUAUUUCUUUUUUUUUAAUUUUCCUUCUUUUGUUGUUCGUUUCUUUCUUUGCUUAAUUUCAAUUUACCUUUCAUUCUUUCUUUUUUUCCUUCUCUCUCACUCACUUUCGUUUAUUCCUCUCAUUCUUUAUUCUUUCUUUCCUUUUUCUUUCUUUCGUUCUUCUUUCUUCCAUUUUUUCCUUGCUCUCCUUUCAUUCACGUCCUUUAUUUAUUCCUUCUUUCCUACUCUUUCAUGUUUUUCUUACUUUAUUAUUUACUUUUUCUUUCAUUCCUAUCCUUUUUUUCAUUUCGGUCCUUCAUUCAGUAUUUUUUCUUGUAUUUCUUUUCAAUGUUCCUCCUUUUUUUUCUUUUUCAACCUUCAAUAUUUCCUUUUCUCUUUCUUUAUUCUCUUGUCCUUUCUUUUCUCCUGUCUCUCCUUCUUUUCUUUCUUUAAUAUUCCCUAUUCUCUUUCCUUCUUCUCUUACGCCUUCAUUCCUUCUGCCUUUCCUUCUUUCCACUUGUCUUUCCUUCUUUUCUUCUUUUAUUAUUUCCUGCUCUCUUUCCUUCGUCUCUUCUCUCUUCUUUACUGCCUGUCUUUCCUUCUUUCCUCUUGUCUUUCCAUUCUUUUCUUCUUUCAAUAUUUCCUUCUCUUUUUCUUGUGUUUCCAUAUUUUUUUUCUGAAUUAUUACAUUUUCUCUUUCCUUUACUUAUCCCUCCUUUUCGCUUAUCUUUCCUUCUUUCCUCUUUUUUCCUUUCUUCAUUAUAUCUUUCUCUCUUUCCUUCUUCUCUUAUCCCUCCUUUCCCACUGUCUUUCCUUCUUUCCUCCUGUCUUUCUUUCUUUCGAAUUGUCUUUCUUUAAUUCUUCUUUCAUUAUUAACUUCUCUUUUUUCCUUUUUCUCGUAUCCAUUCUUCCUCUCGUCUUUCCUUCUUUCCUCUUCUUUCUUUCUUUUCUUCCUUUAUUAUUUACUUCUCUCUUUCCUUCUUUUCUAAUCCUUUCUUUCCUGUUGUCUUUCCUUGUUUCCUCUUGUCUUUCCUUCUUUUCUUCCGUUAUCAUUUCCUUCACUCUUUCCCUCUUUUCUUAUCCCUUCUUUCCUUUUGUCUUUCCUUCUUUCUUCCUGUAUUUCCGUCUUUCCUCUGGUCUUUCAUUCAUUUCUUCCUUCAUUAUUUCCUUCUCUCUUUCCUUCUUCUCCUAUCACUUUUUUCCUACUGUCUUUUCUUCUUUCCUCUUGUCUUUCCUUCUUUCCUCUUGUCUUUCUUUCUUUUCUUUCUUUGUUAUUUCCUUCUCUCUUUCCUUCUUUUAUCAUUCCUUCAUUCCUAUUGUCUUUCCUUCUUUCCUCUUGUCUUCCCUUCUUCCUUUAUUAUUUCCUUCUAUAUUUCCUUCUUUUCUUAUCCCCUCUUUCCUCCUGUCUUUCCGUCUUUUCUUCCUUCAUCAUUUCCUCUUCGCUUUCCUUCUUUCGUUCUUUAUAUCUUUCUUUCUUUGCAUCCUUCCUUGCCUUCCUUUAUGCCUUUUCGAUUUCUUUCUUUUCGCAAUUUACUUUUCUUUCAAUCUCAUUCGUUCGUUUGUUCCGUUCUUCCUUUCUUUCUUCCUUCCUUCUGUUUUUAUUUCUUCCAUUUCUUUCCUGUCUUCCUUUAUGUUUUCCUUCUCUCCUACGUCCUUCUUUCUUUCCUUCUUUUCUUCCAUCAGCUCCUUCUCUUCAUUUUUUUUUACCAUGGGAACUUACAUCCCUUUAGUUCAAUUUUAA